AUGGAUUCCCAGCAAACACGGCCGUUCCGCAUUGUUAUUGCUGGGGCCGGCCUCGUGGGCUUGACUGCGGCACACAUUUUACACCACGCCCACAUCGACUUUGUAAUCCUAGAGAAGCGGGGUGAUCCUUCCCCAAAAGUUGGCUCCGUCAUGACAAUCUGGCCGCAGACAUCCCGUAUAUUCCAACAGCUGCGUCUCAGUGAGGUUCUUGAUCCUCUCAUGGAGUCGUUACGGACCAGCAUGGUCAUCUCUGGGGACGAUUCGCACACGAUUGAUGUCUCUGACUUCCCAUCUGUCCUUGAGAAACAUCACGGCUGGGGACUUCGUAUUCUACUCCGCACACAGUUGGUGGAAGCACUAUACACUAUGCUCCCUGAGGAAGCCAAGUCAAAGGUUCUCCUUGGGAAACAGGUUGAGAGUGUAUAUAUGGAUAAAGUCGGUGUUCAGGUGACCUGUCAGGACGGCCAUAAGGAAGAAGGAGACAUCCUCAUUGGUGCUGAUGGUGUUCGGAGCCGUACGCGCUUAUGUAUGGAGGCUCUGAGACAACAUAAAUCCCCCAUGAUCUGGAUGAGAGAUAUCAAAGCCCGUAUCGCUCAACCUACAGGCCAAGUUGAGCCGUUGUCUGAUGCCCCUUCCCAUAUGAAAUGUGACGGCGUCAACUACGGCGGUGCAACGCAAUAUCUGCACGGAAAAAAGGUUUCCUGCUUCGCCAUCUACGAGAAGCUGGCGAAACCGUCUUCGAAACACCACCGCUACACGGACGAUGAUAAGCGUGAAAUGCUCGAGCGCUGGAGCCACCUGAUGGUCAUGCCAAACUACUCGGUUCGGGAUUUGAAAUUGACGGGCGGCAAUAUUGGGCCUUACGACUGCGAAGAGGGCUUCAUUUCCGACUGGUACCACGGUCGUAUUGUGCUAGUGGGUGAUGCGAAAUCGGGCAGAUAG